AUGCGUUGCUCCGCCAUCGCAAUCCUCGGCCUCACGGCCGUCAUCUCCGCAACAUGGGACGGCAAUUUCAGCUAUCCUCCCGGCAUCGAGCCCCUAGGCAUGGCCAGCGGCGAUGCCGACUUCAGCAUCAAGACCUUCGGCCCCUCAAAGGCCCCGCCAUCAGACUGCAUCUCCGUCUGGCACCCGCCACACCCCAACGUCUACAUUGAUGACUGUGACAACGACAAGGAACCCGGCUGGCACUGGGUCCACCCGGGCAAGCCCAAGGACAGUGAUCAGCCUGAUCAGUCGUGCGACAAAUGCGACAAGCCUGGUAAAGACAUGCCCGGUAUGAACACGCCCGAUAUGAACACGCCCGGUAUGAACACGACCGGUAUGAACAUGCCUGAUCAGCCUUGCGACAAAUGCAACAAGCCUGGCAAGGACAUGUCUGACAUGCCUGACAUGCCUGAGCAGCCUGAUCAACCGUGCGAUAAGUGCGACAAGCCUGGUAAAGACAUGCCCGGUAUGAACACGCCCGGUAUGGACAUGCCUGAUCAGCCGUGCGACAAGUGCGACAAGCCUGGUAAAGACAUGCCCGGUAUGGACACGCCCGGUAUGAACACGCCUGGUAUGAACACGCCAGGUAUGGACAUGCCUGAUCAGCCGUGCGACAAGUGCGACAAGCCCGGUGAAGACAUGCCCGGUAUGGACAUGCCUGACCAGCCUUGUGACAAGUGCGACAAGCCUUAUCACGACAAGCCCAAGUAUAUGAGUCAGCCAGAACAGCCUGCGCCGACCUCCUGGAAAUGGACGACCUCGACCAUCACCCAAACUUCCUUCUCCACCGUCAUCAGCUGUGCACCCACCGUUACCAACUGCCCUGCCAACGGUGGCGGCGUCCACUACACGACUGUCACCGUCUCUGCCGUCACAACGAUCUGCCCUGUCCCCGUCGUGCCAGUCCCCGCUCCGACGACGGUGCCUGCUGCUCCUCCGGCGCCACCUGUAGUGCCAGUUGCUCCUCCAGCACCGCCUGCGCCGUCUGCAGAGCCAGUCACUCCUCCAGCACCGCCUGCGCCGUCUGCAGAGCCAGUCACUCCUCCAGCACCGCCUGCGCCAUCUGCAGAGCCAGUCACUCCUCCGGCGCCGCCUGCGGUGCCCAUCUCCAACCCAUCUUCCCCUCCCAGCCCUCCCGAUGUCCCUCCGGUGCCGUCGAACCCGCCUGUUGCCCCCCCUGCCGCCACGACCACCAUGCCCGACAUCGGCACUAUCGGCACCAUCACCAGGCCCAACGCCACCGCGGCCACUAGCCAAGCCAUUGUCACUGCCGGCGCUGUUCAGAACGCCCAGCGCGCGGGCGGUGCCGUCGUCGCCGCCGUCGUGGCUGUCGCUGCCUUCAUCUGA